AUGCCGUACUUCAACGCGGACGACCUCAACCUGGCCUGGGGCGAGCCGCCAGCAGAGAAGCUGCAGGAGUUUUUCGACAACUUGUCGGAGGGCUAUGUCCGCAACGAGCCGCUGCUCAUCCGCGGCACCACCAAGGAGGAGCUGGACUAUAUCGCCACCUGGGCGGCGGAGGCGCGGCAACCGGCUCAGGAGCAGCGUGCGCUAGACGAGGGCGAUGAAGGCCGCGGCAGCAAAGAAGAUGGUGAAGGCCGCGGUGGCGAAGAAGACGCCGAGUAUGUCCUCCUCGUCCAAGCGGCGCCGGACCUCAUCUCCUUCUCCCCUCCCUCGGAUAGCACCGUGGAGGCCGAAUUCGACCUCGGAUCUUUUAGCCCGAAGAGGAAGAGGAAGCAAGUGGAGGAAGAGUACGACACGGAGAAGCUGGCCCAGAGGGUGGCGAAGACGGCCAAGGCCUUGACGGGCGACAAGCCCCCGGCAGGAGGAGAACGACAGCAGGAGGAGCCGCCGAGGGCCACUCCCAACACGCCGCCCCCCUCGACUACGCCGCCCAGAGGGGCGUCCCCUGCAAGGGCAUCCACCACCGAGCCCACGCAUAUGGAGGAGGAGGCGAGCUUGGGUGCCGGUGGUUCUGCCCAGGCAACGAAUGCUGGCAGGGAGGGCGCCACUUCUUCCCAGCCCGGUGCGGACCCUUCCUCGACGAACCGGGAGGAUAUUGACACCGUCAUCGAGGAGGUUGUUGAUGAACCGAGCGCCGGCAGUGGCGGUUCCCAAGAGGAGCAGCUUCUUCAGGCCAUGAGCAUCAACUUCCAGAAGCUCCAGGCGCUCCACCGUGCCCGCCUGGAUAAGGCAAAAUCCAGGAUGGUGGCGGCGGACAAGGCGGGGGCGGAUCUUGAGGAGCGCGUCGCCGAGACGCAGGAGCUCAUCCUGAAGCAGGCUGACGUCGACAAGGCCCAGGAGGCGGCGAAGGAACAGGCCGCCAAGGGCGAGGCCGCUCGGCAUCAGCACCAGGCUCUGCUGAACUCGCAGGAGGAGAACCUUGCAGCCCGUGAGGAGGCGCUCGUCGCCACACUCCGUGGAAAGGAUGAGGAGGCCCUGGUCCAUGCCGACAAGGUGAAGGAGCUGGAGCUGGAGCGGGAGGAGCUGAAGAAGGUGGCCUCGGAGCUGACGAAGGAGAGAGACAUGGCCAACCGUUCUUUGGCGGAUGCCCAGGCCACAGUCUCCGACAAGGCCAAGCUGCUCUCCAAGGCCAACGACUCCAUCACUGAUCUGAAGUUGAAGCUGGACGGCUUGGAGGGGAUUCUUUCGGAGGCCGGGGCUCGUGAGGAGACCUUGAACAAGGUCCUGGAGGACGAGAAACAGCUAUGGAGGAAUGAUGUCGCCGAACAUGAGGAGUACACCAAGGGCGUACACCUUUGGAUCAACUGCCUCGUCGACGUCGCCGGCAGGAUCACCACGAAGUUGGCUGCCAUGGGGAUGCCGAAUGUCAGGUACUCCCAGGAGCCGAACGUGACUCUGUACUUCGAGGGCGUCCUGGGAGCCCUGGAGCAGCUCCGUUCAACCGAGCGACCUCUCUGGCCAACGAGGCCCGGAAGCUUUGCCGGGGCACCCUGA